GGGCUCCACCAACCUCAGGCCACAGGAGACUAUCGGCAAUUAUGUUUGACGGAUAUUACAAGAGCCUUCUCUCAACAAGACAUCCGUAACGUAUUGCCCAACGACUUUCUCGAUGAGAAGAAGCCGAAUCGGGAAUUCCCAACUCAAGACAAUACUCGACCACCAGGAACUUUUCACUCACACCACAACACAUCGCCUUCCUUUAAUAUACCCCACGAUACAUUUCAGCGCAUUGGUUGGCGAAAGUCGGAUGAAUCAAAGACCAGCGGAGAGCGCACCUAGCAAUCUCAAAUAGCGCGCGGCGCCAGUACAGCUGGCUGAGGUUGCAGAUGUGACGGCAACACCCAUGAUCACUAAGCGCGGAAACUUUGCAGGGAGCAUUGCUAUGGCGUUGACACACACACACACUCACACCCACACACACACAUGAAGGUUUUCAAAGCACACCCACACGCAUUCGGACAGGCAGACAACGGACCAGCAUUCAUAUUUUUUCUUUUAUUUUUUGCGUCUUCUCUCUUGUUCUUUAUAUCUAUAUCAGAAACGCACGCAGCUGGACAGACAGACGGACAGACGGACAGACAGACGGGACAGAGGAGAGAGUCCAUCAAGAAGCGGAUGAGCAACUCGGCAUUGGAUGUGGUCACGGUACAAAUACACUUCGUUCAGGAACUCUACACUACUAUAUUGCGAGACACUGUACUACACUACGGCAACCGGGACUAUGAAAGACAUACACAUGCCAUCGGUCCACAAUGCCUUAUAUCUUAUACCUGUUUUGCAUUUGUUCACUCCCUCAACGUAUGCAUAUCGUAUGUUUUAUCCCAAGAUAGGAUACUAAACCCACUUGUCUAUAAAUACCCGGGGGAAGAGGACGGGAGACUUGUAGCGAUAGGUUAAUGGCAGAUAUCCUCGAUGGUUUGUCUUAU